AUGAAUUCCCUCAAGGUGUUGGUAAAUUCAUUGGAUGAACUCUACCCCAGUAAGAAUGAGUACAAGCUUGGGGCCGAAUACCAGAAUGAAGUAACGAAUAACGAGAUCGAGGAAGGAGGAGAGAUAGGGCAUGAAGGGGAGAAGGCUGCAGACCAAAACCUGAGUCCAAAAUCUACAUACUUGGCGUUGAUUAUCCAGGUGAUUUUCUUCUUGCCCAAUUAUUUGCUUGUGAAGCCAUUGAUCUUUAUCUGGUUGUUGAUUACUUACCCAUUUACCCAUUUGUUUAAACAACGAUCGGUAUCAAGCGAAUUGAUUGGUUCAGGGAGAAACGAGAAUAAUCUAUCCAUUUCUAAUGACAGGGUGUCUGACAUGCCGUCAGCCAUUAACGAGAAGACAGAAUUACUCAAACAGGAGAAUAUAUUGGCGAAUAAUAUUAAAUCGCCUACAUCUUCAUCAAAAUACAUUAUACCUCCACCACAGAGAUUAUAUCCUCUUUCACGGAAUCCCGGAAAGAAGCGCAGAAAAACAUUGAUAUUAGACUUGGAUGAAACAUUAAUUCAUUCAUUAUCGCGUGGUUCUCCUCGUUCAUUUAGAGGUGGCUCCACUCAUACAAUCGAAAUCAAAAUCAAUAAUGUCUCCUCUCUAUACUACGUUCACAAAAGACCGUAUUGCGAUUUUUUCUUAAAGGAAGUUGCGAAAUGGUUUGAUUUACAAAUUUUCACGGCAAGUGUUAAAGAAUACGCUGAUCCCAUAAUAGAUUGGUUAGAAAGCGAUAUUUCACCAUAUUUGACGAGCAAUCACGAUCGCCAACAAGGCAUUAGUCGGCAGGUUUUCACAAAGCGAUACUAUCGUACCGACUGUUCAUAUAGACCUGGGGUUGGCUACAUUAAGGAUUUGUCUAAGUUUUUCCCCCGUGAUGACGAUUUGAAAAAUGUGAUUAUCUUAGAUAAUUCUCCAAUAAGUUAUGCUUUACAUGAGGACAAUGCUGUAAUGAUCGAGGGGUGGAUAAAUGACCAGAACGAUCGUGAUUUGCUAAACUUAUUACCUAUGUUACAUAGUUUAAGUUUGUGCAUUGAUGUCAGAUUCAUUUUAGCUUUAAGAAGUGGUGAAAAGGUAUUCGAAAAAUAA